AUGUAUUUCAAGGCCGAACAUUAUCUUUUUGGAAAGAGUCCGAAACUCAAGUUUAGUUCAAGACUCACGUAUUUCUUGGCAAAAAUUGCCGUUAUCUUCUCCCUUGGCCUUUGCGCUCAUGCUGCGAACUUUGCAGCGCCUCUUGUAGCUGCUCCCGUCGUUGCUCGAAGUGCUCAAUAUGUCGCCAAUGCUCCUUUACUCCGAAGUGCUUAUGUUGCUGAAGCUCCCUUAGCUGCUCCCUUGACUGCUCAAUAUGUCACACAAUACUCCGCAUCUGGUCCCAUCUACGCUGGCGCUCCUCUCGUCUCAAAUGCUCCUCUUCUCGCUGCUCGUGCUGCUCCUUUAGUUGCUCCUGCUCCCGUUUUGGCUGCUCGUGCUGCUCCCGUUGUCGCAGCUGCUGCUCCCAUCGUUAAAGCUGCUCCAGUUGUCGCUGCUCCUGCUCCCGUUGUUGCUGCUCGUGUCACAGAACUCGAUGAUACUUACCCUCAAUACCGAUUCGCCUACAACGUUCAAGAUGGCUUGACCGGAGACUCAAAGACACAAGAAGAAACUCGCGAUGGAGAUAUUGUUAAGGGAUCUUACUCCUUAAUUGAAGCUGAUGGAUCAAGACGUACCGUUAACUAUUAUGCUGAUCCCGUAAACGGAUUCAACGCUGUUGUACAAAAAGAUUUGCCAGUUGCUCCAGUUGCUGUUGCCGCGAAGACUGUAGUUGCUGCUGCUCCAGCAAUUGCUCCCGCCAAAGUUGUGGUUGCCUAA